CUGUGUUUCUUGACCUCGUUCCUUUAAAGCGUGUCUCUCAGCGGAAGUUUGCAAAAGAAGGACUAUUCAUAUAGCGCAUCUGCUGGCAAAUAGGUUCAUUAAUCUGAAUAUUUACAGUACACUGUGUGAACUUACACUUUGACAAGCAUGAUUGUAUUUGUGAUGUGGGAGAGCCGAUGGAAGUUGCAGCUGUAAUCUAGAUUUUUAAAAAAAGCGCAUCAUGAAGUACCAAAGAGAGAGAAUUAUUCUGAAGCGUUGGCAGCAGUUGAGUAAAUCAUCAUCAUGCUUCAGGUUGGGAAUAUCUUUACAGGACACACUUCGUAUUUUUUACCCUUCUUUGCUCAAAACGCAUGUGCGUUAUCUGGCAUCUUCUACGUAAUUGUUACACACCUUACAACAACGAAAAAUAAUUAUACAGUCAAAUGGGUAGUCGCAUGAAUGCAUAGAUAGACAUAUAGAAUGCUUUUGCCUCGUCAUUUCACAGUGUAUAAAUUACAUAACUCUUCACGUGCAAAUAACUUGCUUAGAAAGCAAAUACAAUGUGACACUAAUGUGGUUAUGUUACCUACUGUUUUUUUUUUUCUUUUUAAUUGAAAAUAAGACAGCUCGAUAGAUUUAAGGAUAGAAGGUUCCUAGUUGGAAUCCCACUCCUGCGGUGCACUUCAUAUAUAAGGUGCUUACUCUGAAUUGACACAGUAAGAAUACCCUGCUGUACAACGGGUACAUCAUUGUAAAGUUGUAUAUAUAACACUGUGUGGCACUGCGAGCAAAGUCGUGAGCUAAAUAGGGUAAAAUAAUAGUGAAACUGGGCUCUGUCUGCGGCUCGGAGUGUCCUUGGGGGGUUCGGCUCCGCUCGCAGCCCAGGUGUGAACCAGGUGUGUCUCUAAGACCCUGAGGAGCGCAGUGGAACUCGGCUCUUAGUUGCCUCUACUCUCUUGAGUGUUGCUAGUUAUUUGGGAGGAGGCGCUGUAGCCAUUUCGCCACUUUAAAGGGGAAAAAAGAGCAGAGAUCAGAGUCCUGGAGAGAAGCGCUCUGCACCCGGAGAUCCGCACGCAGCGACACUCUUCUUGAACUGCAAGCGAGCGAAAAGAAAAAAAAAGCCGAGAAGAAGUUGUUGCGGCCGGUCCAUGCAGGACAGUGGGAAAAAAGCGCAGCAAAGAGAAGCGUGUGACUGACGGCCAGCGGCUCGCAGCGGCUCCUGUGCUGUGCUGAGCUGAGGCUGUGUGUCCUUCUGCGCCUCCAGCGUGCGUUUUGCGUGUGCGUGUGCCGUGUGCGUGUGUGUAUAUGAGGACCGAGAGCGCACGUCUAUGAUAAUCUCGAUCCGCCGUGAGAAGUUUGGUUUCUUGCCUGACCGGAGGUGGGAAGGAGAGGUCCUCUAGGAGAAGAUCAUGGUCGAGAACAUCGCCCUGCUGUUGGCCAAAGUGCUCCUGUGCGCCCUGGCGCUGUGCGCGCCGCUCCUGCCCUCCCCGUGCGCGGCUCGGAUUUACACGAACCACUGGGCUGUGCGGAUCACCGGGGGUCCCCACAUCGCCGCCCACAUAGCAGAGAAAUACGGCUAUAAAAACAUGGGACAGAUUGGCGAUUUGAAAGACUACUACCACUUUUUCCACAGCCGGACAAUAAAAAGGUCAACGCUUUCUAGUCGCGGCCGCCAUAGCUUCAUCUCGAUGGAACCCAAGGUGCAAUGGAUCGAGCAGCAGGUGGUGAAACGCAGGGUAAAGCGGGAUUACAAACCCAACCCUCCUCAAUCCAUUUACUUCAACGAUGCCAAGUGGACCAGCAUGUGGUAUAUCCACUGCAAUGAUGACAUCCACAACUGCCAGUCUGACAUGAACAUCAUGGGGGCCUGGAAGAGGGGAUACACUGGAAAGGAUGUUGUUGUCACUAUUUUGGAUGAUGGCAUCGAAAGAAACCAUCCUGACCUUGUCCAAAAUUACGACACACAGGCCAGCUAUGAUGUCAACGGGAACGACCUGGAUCCAAUGCCUCGAUACGACGCCAGUAAUGAGAACAAGCACGGCACUCGGUGUGCAGGCGAAGUGGCUGCUUCCGCUAACAACUCACACUGCACCGUGGGAAUUGCCUACAACGCCAAAAUCGGGGGUGUGCGAAUGCUGGACGGGGACGUGACUGACAUGGUGGAGGCCAAGUCCCUUAGUCUUCAACCACAACACAUUGACAUCUAUAGCGCCAGCUGGGGCCCGGAUGAUGAUGGCAAGACAGUGGAUGGUCCUGCUUCCCUUGCUCGACAGGCCUUUGAGAAUGGCAUCCGAAUGGGAAGAAAAGGAAGGGGCUCCAUCUUUGUGUGGGCGUCGGGGAAUGGUGGACGGAGCCGCGACCACUGCUCCUGUGAUGGCUACACCAACAGCAUUUACACCAUUUCUAUCAGCAGCACAGCAGAGAGUGGCAAGAAGCCCUGGUACCUGGAGGAAUGCGCCUCCACCCUCACUACAACCUACAGCAGUGGCGAAAACUAUGACCGGAAGAUUAUCACGACUGACUUGCGGCAGCGCUGCACGGACAGUCACACUGGGACAUCGGCCUCCGCCCCCAUGGCCGCUGGGAUCAUCGCCCUCGCACUGGAAGCUAAUCCACUUCUAACCUGGCGGGAUGUCCAGCACAUCAUUGUGAAGACUUCUCGAGCUGGUCACUUGAGUGCUCCGGACUGGAAAACCAAUGCAGCUGGGUACAAUGUCAGUCAUCUCUAUGGGUUCGGGUUGAUGGAUGCUGAGGCCAUGGUCAAGGAAGCGGAGCACUGGAAGCAAGUUCCGCCCCAGCAUGUCUGCGUGGAGAGUGCAGAUCGCCAGUUUAGGACCAUUCGUCCAGAGCACGUGGUGAGAUCAGUGUACAAAGCGACGGGCUGUAUUGAUAACCCCAACCACCAUGUCAUCUACCUGGAGCAUGUGGUGGUGCGGAUCACAAUCACCCAUCCCCGCAGAGGUGACCUGUCAAUCAAUCUGACCUCCCCAUCUGGGACCAAGUCUCAACUCCUUGCCAACAGGUUAUUUGACCACUCCAUGGAGGGCUUUAAAAACUGGGAAUUCAUGACCACUCAUUGCUGGGGGGAGAAAGCAUCUGGAGACUGGAUACUGGAGAUUUAUGACUCACCCUUCCAACUAAGGAGCCAGAAAGUACCAGGGAAACUAAAGGAGUGGUCAUUGAUUCUCUAUGGGACAUCCGUACACCCUUACUCCUCUCUCCGCUAUGAAAAACCGCGCUCUGCUGAGCCUCUAACAGACUAUGAAUUACCCGAGGAAUACAAUGGCCUGUGUCACCCAGAGUGCAAUGAGAAUGGCUGCGAAGGUCCCGGGCCGCACCAGUGCAUCAACUGCCUGCACUACUUCCUCAAAUUCAAGAAUAACACAAGGAUGUGUGUAUCAGAGUGCCCCGAUGGGUUCUUCCGGGAUGACAAGCGGAGGUGUAAAAAGUGCCACUCACCAUGUGAGACAUGCGUGGGCAGUCGCAUUGACCAGUGUACCUCCUGUAAACUUGGCUACCACUUGAACGAAGGGACCAACAGCUGCGUGUCCAGCUGUGGGGAGAGCUGCUACCUCGAUCUCGGUGCAAACAUUUGCAGGAAAUGCAGUGAAAACUGCCGGAAAUGCACUUCUUCCAGCAUCUGUACAGAAUGCAGACCUGGCAUGAGCCUUCAGGGUGGUAGAUGCAUUAUGAGCUGUGAGCCUGGAAGUUACUACAAUGGCCACCGGCGAACCUGUGAGCCCUGCCACAGAGCCUGUGCUACCUGUGCAGGAACAGGGAUGGAGGCAUGUAACAAGUGUGCUGACAACUACUACGAAGAGGAGUGGCGCUGUGUGUCCAGUUGCAGUCUGGGCUUCUACUUGUCAGAGCAGACCAUGGAGAAUGGGGAGGUGCAGAAGACCUGCAAGAAGUGUGAUGCCAGCUGCUACACCUGCUCAGGACCAGGGGAGAGGAACUGCACAGCAUGCGUCGGUGGCUACAACCUGGAGUCGGGUGUCUGUGAGGCCAGCGUCAUCUGCAAGGAUGGGGAGUACUUGUCGGAGACAGGGAGGUGCCAUCUGUGUGAAGCAACAUGUUACAAAUGCACCGGACCUGAAAACACAGAUUGCAUCAGCUGUGGUCCAAACCGGUACUUUGAUGAAGGCCGCUGCGUGAUCCAGUGCUCUGCUGGGAAGUAUAUUUUUGACAGACAAUGUCAUCUGUGUCAUCAUACCUGCAAGACAUGCAGUGAUGGAGGUCCCGAUAACUGCACUGCCUGUGACAAAGAUAAGUUUGGGGUGGAGCGCUACUUCUUUCAAGGAGAGUGCCUGGAAGCCUGUCCAGACGGACACUUCCUGUCCCAGGAGGGAACCUGCGAGGCCUGUGGCAAGAAUUGCAAGAUGUGCACAGGGUUGGACAGGUGCAUCAGGUGUGACCCCUCCCACUACCCCCUGGAGGGGGUUUGUACCAAGAUGGAGUUGAGAGAAGGUGGGUUGAGACUCUGAGCAUCUUCUCAAAACCCUGCAAUAGAUGAGGUGGAGGAUCCUAACGAUGAAGAUUACGUUCCGUGUGAAGAAGGAUGUAAAACAUGUGUUCAGGAAAAACCUGGAAAAUGCACAUCGUGUCUGGAGGGCUUUUACAGAUUUGGGUUUCGUUGUUACAAAAACUGCCCAGAGAAGACGUACAGCGACGAAGACUCAAUGACGUGCAAUAAGUGUGAUGACAAUUGUGUGAACUGUGAUGACUCUGGGUGCUACUGGUGCGAGGACGACUUCUUCCUGUCAGAUGACAGGUGUGUGCAGAAGUGUGAGGAAGGCUUCUACGGCGACAAGGAGAGCCAGACUUGCGAGCCGUGCCAUCGUGACUGCAAGACGUGCGAAGGGCCCGACUUCGAUGACUGCGACUCCUGUGAGGAAGACGCACAGCUGCGGGGCGGCGAAUGUGUCGUCGCACAAAAAUCGUGCGCUGAGAACGCCUUCUUAAAUGACCAGCAGGACUGUGUGUCAUGUCACCUGAGCUGCAAGUCAUGCUCAGGUCCUGAGGAAGAUAACUGCAGUGCUUGUAAGACAGGCUGGUUCCUCACACUCCAGCAGCGCUGCAGAAAGACGUGUCCCGAGGGUAGCUUUGCUAACAGGACUAGAGGACACUGCGAGGACUGCCUGCCUGGCUGUGCCCUGUGCCACGACGGGACUCUGUGCCUGCGCUGUAAAACUGACACCGAGAACCCCCUCUUCCUGCAAGAUGGCCAGUGUGUCACCCGUUGUGAAAGGGGCUACGCGGAGGAAGGGACGUGUCGCAGCUGCGCCCCAGAGUGCGCCUCCUGCGAGGGCCCGGCCACACACUGCAACUCCUGCCUGGAGCCCUUCCUGUUACACAAAAAUGAGUGCAGGGACAUUUGCCCGCCGGCAUACUUCCCCCAAGAAGGGCAGUGUCACCGUUGCUCCAAGGCCUGCAGUCAGUGCAUUGAGGGUGGCCUCUGCAAGGAGUGCAGGAAGAACUUCUUUCUGCACGAGGACAGCUGUGCGGCUGACUGCCCAGUAGGGUUUUACCCAGAGGUUGAUCAGAGAGAGUGUCUGCAGUGUCACAAGCUCUGCGACUCGUGCGACGGCCCGGACGAGGAUGACUGCAUCACGUGUAAUAACACGUCUGCAGUGCACUACAAUGGAGAGUGUCUCUCCGAGUGCCCCGGCAACACCUUCCACGAUCUGGACACCAUGGAGUGCAGAGACUGUGAUAAAUCCUGCCUUACGUGCUCCGGCCCGAAAGAUGACAAUUGCAGGAGCUGCUGGCCCAGCAUGAAGAUGAAUGGACAAGGCCGCUGCAUCUUUUUCGCUGAGUGUCCCCUUCCGUCCUACAUGGACCAGGAUGGGGGGUGCAAGGCCUGCCACCCCUGGUGCCAUCGCUGCAUAGGACCCACCCAGCACCACUGUCUGAGCUGCAAUGGGAACCUCUUCCUGCUGAACCAAACCUGUGUGGAGCGCUGUCCUGAUGGCUUCUACAGUGAAGAGGAGCAGCGGCUGUGUGAGCGAUGUCACAUCACCUGCUCGUCAUGCGAGGACAGCGUCAAGUGCCUCACUUGUCAGCCACACCUGUUCAGGCUGGGCAAGGCCUGCGUGGAGAGCUGUGCACCCAACCACUACAACAAUGUUUCCUCCAUGGUGUGUGGGCGAUGUGACCCCACCUGCGAUGAGUGCUAUGGCCCAGCAAACACCCAGUGCCGUAGCUGCAGAAAGGACUACUUUUUCAUGAAGAGUAAUGGGCGAUGCUACCACUCCUGCCCGGAUAACUUCUACAAGGAUGCCAGGAAAAGAACCUGCGAGAGGUGUCACCCCACCUGUAAGACCUGCAAAGAUCGAAGUGCUCUGGAAUGUGAGUCUUGCUACAUGGGCUACGUGUUGUCUGGGGGGAUAUGCAAGUCCCUGUGUGUCCCAGGACAAUAUGCUGCUUCUGUGAGCCCCAGUCUGCACUGUGAACCCUGUGACGAGUCCUGCGUAGACUGCAAAGGACCUGGCCCCUAUAAUUGCACCGUGUGCCCGGCCCUUGAACGUCUGGCCCCUGAUGGCCGCUGCCUCACCUGCUGCAGGGAAGCUGACGAUUCUUCUCCAAUGCCAUGGGAGUGCUGCAACUGCACUGAUAUGACUUUUUUCUCUGUAGAUGAAUGUGUCCUUAGCGUCAACUUUGAGGUGCAGGAAGUGGAGGAGUCUGCUGGACGACCAGCUCUCUUCAUCGUCACAUCCAUUCUGCUGCUACUGGGAAUAGGGGUAGCGGUCUUCCUCUUCUUGCACGCACGUUCGAAGGAGACCCCCAAGUCAAAGCCAGGGGGCUAUGAGAAACUGAGCAACAGCGGUGGCGGAGGCUACGGGAAGCCCAUGACCUCAUAUGAGUCUAGCCGCUCUGAGCAGCUAGUGGAUUUCAGCGAUCGUGCUGAGGAGGGAGAUGAGGACGAAGAUGAAGACAUUGUGUAUAUGGGCCAGGAUGGUACUGUGUACCGCAAGUUCAAGUAUGGUCUACUGGAAGAUGAUGAAGAAGAUGAACUUGAAUAUGAUGAUGAAAGUUACUCAUUCAGAUAGAAGCAAUUUUCCUAACAAUGUGUGCUGGCCCUCUUGUAUUGCUCUCCUGAAGCCCUGCAUUGCGCCCAGAAAUUCUGAAUGGAUUGGAAUCUGGAUUUAUUUUACAGAUAAAAAGUACAAUCAAUUUGUCACAAGAUGAAGAAUCCAACACAUAUUUCGAACAGCUAGAGCUUCAUAAAUUACAUCCCAUUACAUGUUUUGUUAAUUCAAAGGUACUUUUUAAAAGAAGAUAUUUACAAUCCAGUGUCUUCAUUCUACCUUAAAAUGCAGCAGGAACAAUUUCCAUCAGUAAAACAAAGGUUUUGUUUAAUAGCGGUAAGAUAGUCAACCCCUUUAGAACAAAGUAGGAAUUAGAACAAGAAUUUUGAUAGGCAAACAUCUUACAGUUGGUUCUUGCACUUUUCUUUAGAAGUGGUGUUUACAUGGCUCUAUUUUGCCUUAUACAGAAUGAUUGUUUGAUCAGUACUAUAGUUUUGACGUGAAUAUGUCCCUUGUAAAUGUCAACAUAAAUAAAAUACAGAAUGAAUUAAAUGAAACAGUCCUAUCCUUUGGAACUUCUGCCGAGUCACCAUAAAUAACAUUUUAAAGUUCUUCGCAAUUCUUGUGAUCAGUUACGAUGUUUAUGGUUCACGCAACACAUUCCCACCAUGUACUGUCAUGGCAAACAGUCAUUUCAAAUUCAAAAUUAAGUGAGAAAGCAGCAAAAGUGUUUUCAUGAGUUUAAGGAAUUAUUAUACUACAGCAUGCAAUACACAAUUUUAAAGAAUUGAGACAACAGAAAAAAAAACUCAGCAAAGUGGUCCCUAAAAUAGGUUGUGGUUGAGGUACUGACAUAAUUGCCAUUUACUGCUAUGAAUGAAUUCCCUACUCCAUACCUUUCAGGCAUUGUGGGACACUCAGUAAAAUGUGUAUACCCCACACAUACAGUACUUCACUCAGUUAAACUUUACAUGUAUGUUUUCAUGAGAUAUGUUGUCUUUAGUAUUUAUAUUUGUUUAAAACUUUCAAGACAAUUUAAUUGCACAUCUGAAACUCAUGCGUAAUAUCAGGAUAUCAUUAAUUCAAAUAUUCUGUCAUUAAUGCUUAUUAGGCAACAAAACAAUCACCCUUAGCACGGAGAAUGGCAAGAGGAAAGAUUACAACAGGGAUAAACAAAUCUGACCAUUGGCAAGUUUUGUUGUUCUUCCUUCAUGUUAACAAUAACAAAAGCCAAGCAUCUGAAAAUUUACACAAUUACCAGCUGACAAAGAUUUUAGUGCAUGUCUUACCAUCACAAUUACCACUCACAGUUACGGUGGUUGUGAACAUCUGGACAAUCUACAACUUGGGAAAAAAUAAUUUAAGUAGAAUUAAACUUUUUGGGUUUAAAACAUUUGAUGCAUGCCAUCCUAUCAUUGCCUUAUAUUAUUUGGAUUUCUGCACAAUGGAAUUUAUUCAGAGAAAAUAAAUUAUGUCUGCACCCAGACUUUGGGGUGGGGGGGUGCAGCAGGCUU